ACAGGAGAAGAGGGUAUAUAGAUUCAGUGGAGGUGAGGAUUUCAUUUGCACUGGACGACUGCAGACUGAAACCAGUCUGAAACACAACAAUGCAUUCUACAAUGAUACUUCUGGUUAUCUUGUUUGGCUUGUUGACCCAGGCCCACACUCUACCUGUUAAGAAUUCUACUGGAGUACAUGAGGGAAAAGUGAGGUUGAAAAGGAAAUACUCAGAUGAGAUUACAGACCGCGAUGAAAUGAGCGUGAUGGAUCAAAUCCUGCUAGUCAAUUACAAUUUGCGAGUCCCUAGAGGACUGUUAUUCAGAGAGGGAGACAUUGCUACCUCAUAUAUACGGAGCGCCAUAACGUGUCCUGGCAAUGCCUGUCUGUGGCCUAAAUCAAUUGAUGGAUUUGUUUAUGUACCAUACAUCCUUUCUCCACUAUAUGACGACAUGGACAGAAUCACAAUAGAAAACGGGAUGCAAGACAUUUCCUCAGGAACAUGUAUUAAAUUUGUUCCACGCACUCACGAAGGCAGCUUCCUUGAUAUUCAGCCUAGAUAUGGCUGCUGGUCAUUUCUGGGGCAGAUAGGAGGAAGUCAGACCCUGUCACUGCAGACUCCUGGGUGCAUGUGGUCAGGAGUGGCUUCCCACGAGUUAAUGCACGCCCUUGGCUUUGUACAUGAGCAAUCUCGCUCAGACCGAGACCACUAUGUCUCAAUUGUAUGGAAAAACAUCAUGCCGGAACAAGUGCAUAACUUCAGGAAACAAGUGACAAACAAUCUCAAUAGUCCGUAUGACUAUGGCUCUGUCAUGCAUUAUGGAAGAUAUGCCUUCUCUGAAGACGGUGGACCAACAAUUAUCCCCAAACCAGAUCCUUACAUUCCCAUUGGCCAGCGAGAUGGACCCAGUAUUCUAGAUCUUCAUAAAAUAAAUGUCCUUUAUAACUGUGGUGCCAACGAGUAACUGCAUCCAGAGUUAUUCUGUUCAAAUCUGCUCUCAGGUCAUGUCAGAUUUGAAAAGUGGUUAAUUAUAACUUUUGGUCUUAAGUAGAGCGUGUGGGCAACAUUACUAUAUAGCAAUUUCAUUUUUUUUCUCUAUUAGUAUUUUGAAUCAUUAUCACAAAUUCUAGUCUGUACUUUUAGAGUGCAAUCUACUAAUCUGUGAUUAAGUGCCAUCAUGUGCGAAAAGGGGCAAGCAAAAAUUGAAAGCUGCAUUUUCCUAAUAUAACAGAAAUCAGCAGUGUGAUGAUUAUUGGUGCCAGAUACAUCGCUUCAUCCAAUCUCCGCAUCACUUUGUUCCAUUUCUGCCUCCUUCUCAGCUUCCACUCACUUUAAAUAAAGAAAAUGCAA